AUGCCCUCCCGCAGUGCAGGACGCCUGCAGGCCAGGCCGGAUGGCAACAUCUCGCGCCGAGGAAUCAUUGGCGACAUCUUGAAUGGACCGAACCCCACUCAGAGCGACACGACUCCAGGGCCGAUUCAAGCUGGUCCUAGUCCUACGACUGAGAAGGCCCAUCCAGUUCUUACAACAAAGCCGGUUGAAACAGUGCCAGAUCCAGCACCAGUGCCCUCUUCGACACCAUCUCCUACAUCACUACCAGUAACGACUGCUCAACCUCAGGAACAUCCUCAGGCACCAUCAUCAUCAUCAUCAACGUCACCUAUAAUCACAGCAAAGCCUGAGGAAGCUCAUCUCAGUAUUGGUGUGCCAACAGACCUAUUCCGUGAAACUACACCAAUACCUUCAACAACCAGCACCUCUAUCUCUCCUAACACUACAUUCCCGGCGGGCGAGCCAGCGCAGACUCCGAGUAUCGACUCUCAGGGUGACGAUGUAGCUGAUAGCCAAGCAGUCGGCGUUCUUGCCAUUGUCGCUCUUUUCUUGUUUCUCUGGCGUCGAAGACGCCAAAGACGCCAAUCAUUUGUCCAACUGCCUUAUAGUGCACAUCCCUACGAAAAGAAGCAUCCUUUACCACCCGUAAAUGAUGUUUCUGUCGACGCCGAAGCCGGCUACAAGUACUCCCACGAACAGCAUCACUAUCGUAAAUUCCAAGGUCAGCCCUCGCAGUUUGAUCGCGAAGCCACUACAGCGGCAUGGGCCCAACACAGUCCCCCACCCCCACAGCCUGAGAGCGAGACCGGCAUCAUUAAAAUCUUCCGCUGGCCUACCCUCUCAACACGGUCGACCAUGCCAUCGACAAUGCGAUCAACCAUUAGCAGUUCCCAUAAUGAGCAGUACAGCACACAGUCUGGCAAGCUCAAGCCGAGCUCCUCACGUGCUUCAAGGAGUACAAUCUCGACAAUGUUGCGCAAAUCUCGCCGUGACAUUGCGGAGAGAGCGGAGACGGCGAACGCCGCAAUAGAAGCAGCAGCGCUUGAGGAGAAGAUGAGAAUGAUGGACGCUGACUCGCCGCAGCCCAGUCCCAUCCCCAGCCCCGAUCCCCUUACUAGCUGGCCUGAGCCUUUAGUGCUGCCGCAAGAGAAGGUCCAGGCUACGGGGCUUCCACCGCCGGCGAUUCGCAGGAAGCCGGUUCAGAAGCAGAGGCAAAACCUUGCCAGGCAGAGUCUCGCCAAGCAGAGGCAGAGCGUUGCGAGCAUAGCAAGUUCGGGGGGCUUCCCACUUUUCGGUUCCUCCAAGUAUAGCGGACCGGCCACUACCGCCUUUACCAUCCACAGUAUACAAGCCGUAUAG